GUGUCUGUGUGUGUGUGUUCAGUGCUGAAAGAGGAGCUGAAACAUUCCCUUGAGGAGUUACAGAAAACGACAGAGGCAAAAGAGAAGCUAACUCAGCAGCUGAUGCAGCAGAGGAGGCGGAGUGAGGAACAGCUGUCCCAACAGCAAGACUCUGAGAAGGAGCACAGAGGAAAAAUACUCAGGUUAAAAGAUGAGUUGGAGGCGAAACACGAGCGGUGGUUAUCAUGCCAACAAAGGAGCGACACCAUACAGGAGCAGCUGUCAUCGUGGCAACAGAGACAGGAAGAAACAAAACGGAAGUACCGCGCAGCAGAAGAAGAAGUGGCACGACUGAGGGAAGCCCUGGAGAAAGUCCAGCAGGAAACGAGAGCGCUGAGGAAAGAAAGAGACAUAUUGAUAGACUCCCAUGGCAGAACCCUGGAAAAGAUGGAGGACGACUGCAGGCAGCAACUGGCUUCAAAGCUGGCUACUACCCUGGAAGAGCAGAGGACCCAGAGUGCGUUGCAGCUGAGGGAGCAGAUGGAGGAGCUUCACAGGGAGGUGGAGCUGGAGCUGACCAUCGACAGGGAGAAGAACCGACUGCUGCUUCUACGUCACCAACGAGACAGCGCGCAGCUUCAGCAGAAGUUGAAGCAGAGAGAGCAGGAGCUGGGAGGACUAAAAGAGGAGUUGCUGCGGGAGAGGAGGAGCAGGGAGGAGGAGAGGAGGACACAAGUGGAGCAGAGGAGGAGGAGAGAGGAGGAGACACAUCAGCAGCUACAGCUCUCCCAACAGCAGGAGGUGCUACAGCUGAGCGAACUUAAGCUGACAAAUGAGAGGAAUGCUGAACUACUAGAAGAGGUGGCGUUACUCCAGGAGACAGUGAGGAGAGAGUGUCAGGAGAGGGAGGAGCUGACCGCGGCUCUGUCUACAGCUCAGGUGGAGCUCCUUGGUCUGCGCUCCCCUUCGUCUCAUCAGGCCUCCACCAGGUCUCCUCCAAACCCCACAGAGAGACAUACACCCCCGGGAAACAAGCAUUUCCAACUCCAGAGUCAAGGCCGGGCUCCUCUUUCCCGCUCUUCGACCUCCCCAAACACCCUACGACCCUCCCCUGCCCGCACAGACAAAGGCAGGGGCGGCACAGAUGGAGAAGAAGCAGGGAAGAGUGUGGAGUCCUGGAAUGGUGGUGGGUUGUCAGGGGAAGAGAAACAGCGAGAGGGGACCUUACCCAGACUGAAAGCAAGCAGCACAGUGAGAGAAGGCCAGAGUAAGGUCCCUUCACUGAUGUGGAGGAAGGAGAGACAGUAACAGGCUAAACAAAAUCAUCAGGAUAGACAUUAUUUUAGUGUUAUUUCAAAAUAGCAUUUAUUGAAUUAUUUAUCUUUUAUAUUUAAUAAAGCCUUUUAGACAAAUAUCCCACAAGAUGCCGUCCUCUAAAAGUACAUACAAACAGUACGUGCACAUUGCCGCACACUUGAUACACCAGCCACAACUGCUGAGUCCUGUUCGCACAACCAGCAAACUCCCAGGACGCAGAACCUCCGACAGACGUGCACUUGUUUUCUCACAACCCGCCUCACGCAGUCUCAGUGGCACGCACAGGAUUUCACAGACAAACACCCGAGCACGCACAAAUACCCACGCACACAGACAUUUACACACAGUCUGUCACAAGGGCAGCGCUGAAGGAGCAUGACAGCAUGUCCCUUGCCACCCAUGGACACACACAAAAGGCAGGCAAACACAAAAGAAACUGUAAGGCAGCAAGUGCAACCCCCCCCAGACACACACACACACACGCACAACAAUUACCCAGCCCUCUCCCCUCAGGCAUUGUGUGUUAUUGACAUCAUUCACUCCGUGCAAGGUCUUUCCAUCCCUCCCUCUUCCUCUCCCUCAACAUUUGGGAUGAAAUGGCAUGAUGGGAGAAGAGUGUGUGGGAGUAUUUGAGAGUGUGUCUGAGUGUGUGUGCGUGCGUGUGUGUGUGUGUGUGUGUGUGUGUGUGUGUGUGUGUGUGUGUGUGUGUGUGUGUGUGUGUGUGUGUGUGUGUGUGUGUGUGUGUGUGUGUGUGUGUGUGUGUGUGUGUGUGUGUGAGAGAGACAUGUUACUGAUUUCCCCACUUACUGGCACACAUGGAAAGCUUUUGGUUUAACUUCCCUGCAUCCUCUCUUCUAAUCUGCCUACGAGACAAUACCCUUCGUUCAUGCUGUAAAAACUUGUAAUGAUUUUAUUCAGCCAAAGUUUCCUGUUUGCCAAAACACACACAUAUCUGCUGCGUCUGUGUGGAGAGGACACGCCGUAACGCAGAACAAGGAACAUUCUGUGCCAUCGAAGCCUUGUUUUCUACCUCUUCUGUUGUUUCCAGAUGGGGAAAUGGGAAAUUUCCUAUCGCACAUAAACUGAUUGAUGUUUUCCUCUUAACUUGCAUUGCUGAUAAAAAAAUGAAUUGAACUUUUUAAAUGUCAUUGAGUAACGUCCGUUGACAUCUUUGAUGACGAUUUUCUAAUUAAUCUUAAUGACACCAGAAAAACCUUUCAGAUGCUGUGGGCUGUUGUUAUUUCAUUGAGAUAUGGAAUGAUUCUUCAACUUCAGUUUAAAGCUUCAAUACAGAGUGAAUCACUUUAUAAAAAUAAACCGUACAUAUUCCCCUGAUGUGAUUUACAGUAUGAGGUAACGCUAACAUUUGUUUUGCAGCUGACGUCUUGUUGCCUUCCGGUGUUUGAGUGUGUGCUGGUGUGUGACCUUGUGUCUGUUUAUUCAUUGCACGACACUUUGCCGUGUGUGUGUGUCUGGUGUGUUUGUAUGUGUGUGUGUGUGUGUAUCGCCGGUGAGUUAUUGUUUCUGGCCUAAAAACAUCACUGCUUGCUUUUUGUCAUCAUGUACUGCCAGUGAAGGACAUCGAUUGUGCGGUCGACAUCACAAUGAAGAGUGUGUGCCCAUUUUUCAAAGGGGAAGACUUCACUUGUAAGGAUGUGCCCUGUAGUGACUGCUAGUCCUGGUCGAGGGACUAAUAAUUAUUUAACAAGAAAACUUGACAGUAGGGCUGAGGAACAGAACAAUAUCAAUAACUAUCACAAUAUAAUUUCAAUCAAUAGCAUUAUGACAAAAGUCCUAUAUAUUGUAUAUUGUAAAUAUAUACUUAUAAGUACAAUGAGGAGGUUAAACAUAAUCGAUCUUCCUCAAAUUUGUAAGAGUUUUCCUGUUUAUCAAGUGAUUGUUAUUCCUGGCUCAUGAAUCUGAGUUUAAAACCACAACUUUCACUCAGGAGCAAACGUCUGACUUUAAACUUAAGGCAGUUGGAGGCAGUAUGUUGUUGUUUUUUGGUUUCCUUUUUGGAGCAAGAGGGCAAUAACACGUUUAAUCGGGUAUUAACGAGACAUGGAUGUGUAGCAUCAGCUUGUUUUGAUGUGAGAUGUCAGGAUGAGCAAAAAGUAAGAUUUACACAUUUAAAUAUGACAUAACAAUAGUCUCUAAAUUCUGCACGAUUACUUGCACGAGUUAAGCCCCUUUUCCACUGGUCGAAGAACCUACUAACAUCCGCUGACAUCUGGCUUUUGUCUCCAAAGGGAAUGGAUUCAAUCAGCAUUGAUUAGCAGUAGAUAGGGGUCUUUUAUCUGCAAAGAUGGAAACGUGAAACCCGGGUGAACACACAAAUUUGGCAUGAAAGGUGAGAGAGGGCCUCAGCUGUCAGUGCGUUUCAGACGUUGAUCAUGUCGCGUUGGGGGAAGAAACCGAAAGGCAAACUCCUCUAGUGGCAAUAGAAAAGGACACAAACCCAUAAUGAUGUAUGGACCAUAGACUGUAUAUAUACAAUAUAUGUAUAUAUUUUAAAAAGAGAAAACACAAAUCUAAAAAUGUGACAUUUUAUAAAAAUAUAUCAAUUUAAUUAUUCAAACCUAUUUGUUUUAAAUAAGUCAACCAAAUCUAAUGAAAUAUAGCCAUAUGAUAAUUACAAAAUAUGUAUAAAUGUGAAUCUAAUUUCUUUAUGUAGGUAUUUGCUGAUGCUACCAUUUGUGUUACAUAUUAUUUCUAUACAUCUUUACAUGUAUAUAUAGAUAU